GAAAAUUAAUUGGCAACUAUUUUUGGAAUUGACUAAUUGUUUCAGUCAUUUUUCUGGCAAAAAAACAAAUGCAAUUUGUUCAUUCCAGUUUCACAAAUUCAGAUUCACUAUAUCAUAUUUGAUAGUAUUUGAUAGUAUAUUAUUUGUGUGUGUGUGUGUGUGUGUGUGUGUGUGUGUGUGUGUGAAGAACUGAUGAUAGCUUUUAUCCUGUGGUCAGGUGACCAAUUCAUUUUCCUGGCCUAUUGACUUCACAUGUACCUGCCUGGAAUGCUCUCUCUCUCUCUCUCUCUCUCACACACACACACACACACACACAUAAAAGUCUGUUGUCCUGCUUUUAGCUCAGUGUUGAGUGAGGAGGUGAUGUGCCAGGACCUCCAUUUAUCCACAGAGUACUGGUCUGUGUCUGAGUGCAGAACACAUGGGACAGUUUGAAUAACUCUCUGAACCGUUUUAUUUCUAACUUCCACCAAAAUGUCAGGGGACUCUCCAGUAACAAGCUCAUUUGCGGUAGCAGACUAUGUGGUCUUCGCUCUCAUGCUGGUGGUGUCAGCUGCUGUCGGGGUCUACUACGCCUGGGCGGACAGGGGCCAGAGAAGCUCCGGGGACUUCCUAAUGGGGGGCCGCAGACUGACGGCCCUGCCUGUCUCCUUGUCCCUGACCGCCAGCUUCAUGUCAGCCAUCACGGUGCUGUCAAAUCCAGCCGAGGUGUACCGCUAUGGAGCCAGUAUUGGAUUUUAUGGUCUCUCCUAUAUAAUAACCAUAGUGGUCACAUCUGAGAUCUUUCUCCCAGUCUUUUACAGACUCGCUGUCACCAGCACAUAUGAGUAUCUGGAGCUGCGUUUCAACAGAGCCACCCGUCUGCUGGGGACUGUGCUCUUCAUUGUGCAGACAAUCCUCUACACUGGAAUUGUCAUUUAUGCCCCAGCUCUAGCUUUAAACCAAGUAACUGGUAUGGAUCUGUGGGGUGCAGUCAUCUCCACAGGUGUGGUGUGUACCUUUUACUGCACAAUGGGCGGUCUGAAGGCAGUGGUGUGGACUGAUGUGAUUCAGCUUGGUGUCAUGCUUGCAGGCUUCCUGUCUGUCAUCGUCAGGUCUGUGGUCUUACAAGGUGGAGUCUUCCCCAUCAUUUCAGAUUCAGAGCAAGGAGGGAGGCUCAAUUUUUGGGAUUUUGACACAAACCCUCUGAGAAGACACACUUUCUGGACCGUGACCAUUGGUGGGGCAUUUGUUUGGGUCAGUAUCUAUGGCAUCAACCAGGCCCAGGUUCAGAGAUACAUCUCCUGCAAGAGCAUCGGUCAUGCCAGAGCAUCUCUGUACAUCAACCUGUUAGGGUUGUGGUCCAUCUUGUUGUGCUCAGUGUUUGCAGGAAUGUGCCUCUACUCAGUCUAUAAGAACUGUGAUCCAUGGACUGCUGGUCUGGUCUCCGCUCCUGAUCAGCUGAUGCCAUAUUUGGUGAUGGACAUCUUAGGAAACUAUCCUGGCCUUCCUGGACUAUUUGUUGCAGCAGCAUAUAGUGGAUCUCUAAGCACAGUGUCUUCCAGCAUCAAUGCACUGGCUGCAGUCACAGUGGAGGACCUGAUCAAACCGUACACCAACAUGUCUGAGAAACACCUGUCCUGGAUCUCUAAAGGACUGAGUUUUGCAUAUGGAGCUUUAUGCAUUGGAAUGGCUGGACUGGCUUCACUCAUGGGAGGGAUCUUGCAGGCAGCCGUCAGUAUAUUCGGGGUCAUUGGAGGUCCUUUACUUGGCCUGUUCACAUUGGGUAUCCUUUGUCCAUUUGCCAAUUCCAAAGGAGCUUUGUCAGGUCUCCUGUCAGGGCUGGUCGUGUCCCUGUGGGUGGGUAUCGGAGCUCAGAUAUACCCUCCCCCUCCUGAGAUGACCCUACCCCUGCCACUGACCACUGAUGGCUGUAACUUCACCACUGCAAACAGCAUCAACUGGACCUCCACGGCUCUGCCAGUGCAACCUAACUAUAUCACCACAGCCCCAGUACACAACCUUAACAGCAGGCCUGUGCUGGCAGAUAACUGGUACUCUCUGUCCUACCUUUACUUCAGCCCCAUUGGAACCAUAAUAGCUAUCAGUGUGGGGCUGAUAGUCAGCCUGUUCACAGGAGGCUGGGGGCUGAAGGUGGAAUCAAGGCUUACACUGAUGAAAGAAGACACUACCCUUUAUUACCUUAACAAGUUUUUCAGAGACAGAGUCAUGAGACGGACAGGAAAGCUCGACCUGACAAAGGACAGAGAGAAGAAAUUUGGCAACACAAAUCCUGCUUUCUGUGAUGUUGAGCUGGACUUAACAAAAAGCCGCAUUCCCACAUGAAAUGCAACUUAUAUUUGUGGUUUACAGUAAUUCUUGAUGAAAUCUUUUGUGUGGUCUAAUGGAAGAAAUGCCAAUGAAGUGAGUUGGAUUACAGAAAAAAAUGUGUGCGUGACUUUCAAUAAUGCUUUAGAUUUUAAUUUGUGCUGGGAACUGUAUACAGCAACAAGACCCUAUAGGCUCAAUUCAGCUGGCCAGCUGGAACCAUUCUUUGAGGGGUUUGCAUGUUCUCUCAUUUCUGUGUGAUUUCCCUCCCACAGUCCAAAGACAUGCAGGUCAGGUUUCCCUAAACAGCCAAUACGAAUGUGAGUGUGAAAGUUUCACUGUAAAGGCUAAAUGAAUGGAUGUUUUUUUGUUCUCCAUCACAUUAUAGGCCAUUCAAGGUAACGCAGACAUGUGUUAGCUAUUCACUGAAAUACAGUAUAUUUAACUAAAUUAUAUAACACACAGUCACAGGUCAAGAGGAUACACAUUAACUUUGAAAAAAUAUUGAUCCUGGCCUUCGUGCCAGCUGCUAUAACAGUCCGUUGAUACUAUGUCAUAAAGUGUGUCCAACGUUGGAUUUCUUUUUCUUUCUUAAAUGACUAAACAUACUGUCACAUUCCUGAUAGUUAUUACCUAAUGUGUGUGUGUGUGGAGUAUCUGCAAAUCAGUGCCUACUCGUGGCAUGCUCACUUUGUGUUCCUGGCU